UCCCCAAACACCAACCUACACAUUCAAGAUGGACGCCUUGGCUGGGUACGACAGUGAAGGCAGUGAGUCCAAUGAUUCAGCAUUCACCGACAAACCUCGCCCUUUCCCAUUACAAAAACAGGUGCCUAUUGUGAGGAUGCAGCAACAAGAAGAUCUUCCCCAACGUACAAGGGAAGGCCAGCAGCCAGCUGCCAGUUCUAGUGGUUUGCAGGCCGAGAUGUCUGACCUACAGCAAGGCCCAGAGCUUAAACCAUGCCUCGGCGAGCCCAGUACUCCGAGUGAAGCUGGUCGGGACAAAAGCAUCCGGCCGUUCUUGUUAGACCGGUGGCCGCUACAGGACAAGUCCGUAUCAGACAGACGUCUCUCGGGCGCAUCCCCUCCAUCCAAUCGUAGCCCAUCUCCGAGAAGACGACGGGAGUCAUCGCGGUCGGCAAGUCGGAGUCCCCGGAAGUCUCCCUCACCUGUGGACCAGCGAGAAAAGUCCCACAACAAAAACAACUCAAGAUACUCCAAGUCUCCUAGUAAAUCCAAGAUGUCAAGGUCACCUAAAAGAUCAAGAUCACCAAGGAGUUCACCUAAAGUUUCAAGGUCGCCAAGAAGGUCAAGGACAUCACAGACACCAUCGCCCAGAAGGUCUCUCUCGCCCAGGAAGGGAUAUAAGGGUUCAAGGUCAUCAAGGAGCCCUUCUCCAAAGCGUAAGAGGUCAAGAUCGCCCAAGAAGAAGGCACACAGGAGUAAGGGGUCUCCUGAAGGGAGGCACAGACUGAAAUCCCCGGACAGGAGACGGCGUUCCCGUGACAGGGCGCGAGGGUCACGGGACAGUCCUGUCCGCAGGUCAUCCAGAGACUGGGAGAAGGGCAAGUCCAAGGACAGGAGGGACUCGCGAAGGUCACCGGACAGGAGACGACGGAGGUCACGUUCAAGGUCACCUCCCAGAGAGGCACGGAGACGUUCAAAGUCACUAUCUCCAGAGAGGAAGCAUUCGUCGUCGAGAUCUCCCUCUCCUCAUAGAUCAAAAUCAGGAUCAAAAAAACAUCCAAGAUCCAGAUCCAGAUCACUCAGCCCAGCCAGAUCCAAGUCACCUCACCACAGGGGUUCAAAAUCAAGGUCCAGAUCACCCAGAAAGCAGUCGAGAUCACCACGUCGGCAAUCCAGAUCACCUCGCAAGCAGUCCAGAUCUCCCCGUAGAAGGUCAAGGUCACACUCACCAUAUGCACGCAAGAGGUCAAGAUCUCCCAGGAGACGUCAUUCAAGGUCACCUGUAUCCAGGAGAGAUCAUCGGAGGUCUCCACCACGGAGGAGAAGUCCCCACAGAGGUAUGCGUGGCCGUGGUAUGCGGGGACGUGGGCGUGGUCGGCGUCGCAGCCCGGGUCACAGGUCACGUUCCUCGUCCGGCAGCGCCAGUCCAACUGGUGACCCCGCCCUGGACGCACAGGACGCGCUCCGCAGGAGGCUGGAGCGAGCCAAGAAAAAACAGCAGGAGAAGGCAGAACGGGAGAAGGCUGAGAUGGAGGCUAAACUGGAGAGUGGGGAAGCUGCAGCAGGUGUACCCCCCUCCAUUGUGGGAGUGAACCCUCUGCUGGCAGGACAGCAGGUGACGCCCCAGGAGGCCGUGUGUGCAGCUGCCAGGGCCAUGCAGAUGAAGGUAGCAGCUGAAACAGGCAUACAGGUGCCAAGUUACUAUAACCCAACUGCUGUGAACCCCAUGAAAUAUGCAGAGCAGAUGCAGAAAAGAAAACUGCUCUGGGCUGGCAAGAAAGAAAAGAAAGAGGGUGAUGCUCCUGCGGGCACUGUAUGGGACAAAACCAAGUUCCACGACGAGGCCACACAGGCAAAGUUCCGCCGACUGAUGGGGAUCCAUGGAGAGGCCUCUGGCAGUGGAGCCAGUCAGGCACCUGGGGACGGACCAGACAUUCAGCAGGAGCAGGAGAAGCUGUUCCGUACGCUGGAGGCGCAGUACGAGUUUGCACGCGGCACGACGCACACACAGAAGGGCGUGGGACUCGGCUUCUCAUCAGCACGCCAACCUGGGCCCACGCUAUAACAAAACAAACAGGUGUUACCUGUGUAAAUAUGGAGUAGCACGUUAAAACUACAGCAGUGUUUUCUACUUCCUUUGUGGAGGAAUUAUACCUAUAGAAGAAUGUGAGCAUAGUCAGACCAAGAUAAAAUUAUCAGGAAAAGAAUUGAGCAGAAGUAUUGAAAAGCAUCCUUUCUGGACUUGUGGUGUUAGUAUUUGCAUGGUACUGUUUUUGCCCAUGACAAAAGAGUUGAAGCCAUUUGGUCAUCAAAAGGAACACAGACUAGUAAUCCUUGAAAGGACUGAG